CACAAGAAAAUAAAGUAAAAAAGGGGAAAUUUUCAAUCCACAUGGAAAGCACAAAAAAAAUGAAAAAUCUCAUUAAAUAAAAGGGGGAAAAAAAAAUAAAGAAAGUUUCUCAUUCUCUGUCCUGUGCUGUGUCUGGUCUUCAUCUAUAUUCUCUCGGGGUGUUUUUUUUCUUCUUGAAAGUGUACUUUUAUUCUGGCUAUGGAAGUUUGGGUUUUUUUUUCCUGUUUAAAUUGAAUAAAAGCAGCAAGGGUUGAGUUUUUUCCCCUUAUUUUUAGUUUGUGGUGAGCUCGAAAGCUGAAGGAGUUGAGGGCUUAGGAUCUGACAUUACAGGGGGUUGUUUGGUUUGGGUGAAUUGGAUUGAGGAAACAUGUCUCAAACCAACUGGGAAGCUGACAAAAUGUUAGAUGUGUAUAUUCAUGAUUACUUAGUGAAGAGAGAUUUAAAGGCUACUGCUCAGGCAUUUCAAGCGGAAGGGAAAGUUUCAUCCGACCCAGUUGCUAUUGAUGCUCCUGGUGGUUUUCUAUUUGAAUGGUGGUCAGUGUUUUGGGAUAUAUUUAUUGCUCGGACUAAUGAGAAGCACUCUGAUGUUGCUGCCUCCUAUAUCGAGACUCAGCUGAUGAAAGCGAGGGAACAGCAACAACAACAGCAGCAGCAGCAGCAGCAGCCCCAACAGCCACAACAGCAGCAGCAACUGCAAAUGCAGCAGCUUCUAUUGCAGAGACAAGCGCAACAGCAGCAACAACAGCAGCAGCAACAGCAGCAGCAACAACAGCAACAACAACAGCCGCAAUCACAACAGCAGCAACAGCGGAGAGAUGGCAACCAUAUGUUGAAUGGCACACCCAAUGGAAUUGUGGGAAAUGAUUCUCUCAUGAGACAGAGUCCCGGUGCAAAUGCAUUGGCUACUAAAAUGUACGAGGAAGGACUAAAAGUACCUGGCCAGAGGGAUCCUAUAGAUGAUGCUGCUAUGAAGCAAAGAUUUGGUGAGAACGCUAGCCAGCUGUUGGAUCCAAGCCAUGCUUCCAUUCUGAAAUCCGCAACAGCUGCAGCUGGCCAACCUUCAGGUCAAGUGCUUCAUGGUGCAGCUGGGGGUAUGUCUACACAAGUUCAGGCUCGGAGCCAGCAACUUCCGGGGUCCACACCAGACAUAAAACCUGAAAUCAACCAAAUGCUGAACCCCCGAGCUGCUGGUCCUGAAGGAUCAUUGAUGGGGAUGCCUGGUUCAAAUCAAGGUGGCAACAAUUUGACUUUGAAGGGAUGGCCCUUGACUGGUUUUGAUCAGCUUCGCUCUGGGAUUCUCCAGCAUCAGAAGUCAUUUAUGCAGGGUCCUCAACCCUUUCAUCAACUACAGAUGCUAUCACCACAGCAUCAGCACCAACUAUUACUAGCACAGCAAAAUAUGACUUCACCCUCUGCUGGUGAUGCAGAGAGCAGAAGGCUUAGAAUGCUCUUUAAUAACCGGAACAUGACUAUGGGGAAGGACGGUCUCUCAAAUUCAGUUGUUGAUGUUCCAAAUAUUGGAUCAGUUCCAAAUAUUGGUUCACCUUUGCAGGCUGGUUGUUCUGUUUUGCCUCGUGGAGAUCCAGAUAUGUUAAAGUUGGCUCAAUUGCAACAACAACAGCAACAACAGCAGCAGCAACAGUCACAACAGAACAGCAAUCCACAGCAACAGCCACAGCAGCAACUUCAGCAACACUCACUUUCCAGCCAGCAACCACAAAGUUCAAACCAUAGUCUUCAGCAAGAUAAAAUUAUGGGAUCUGGAAGUGUUACUGGGGAUGGCAGCAUUUCAAAUUCUUUUAGGGGGAAUGAACAGGCUUCAAAAAACCAGACUGGGAGAAAGAGAAAACAGCCAGUCUCAUCUUCUGGGCCUGCAAAUAGCUCUGGAACUGCAAACACUGCUGGACCGUCUCCUAGUUCAGCUCCCUCAACACCAUCAACUCACACUGCUGGAGAUGCGAUGUCAGUGCCUCCCAUGCACAAUAGUGGGAGUUCUUCAAAGCCAUUGAUGAUGUUUGGAACAGAUAACAAUGGUACACUUACCUCACCAUCAAAUCAGUUGUGGGAUGAUAAAGAUCUUGUGCAGGCUGACAUGGAUCGUUUUGUGGAUGAUGGUUCCCUUGAUGAUAAUGUUGAAUCCUUUUUAUCUCAUGAUGAUGCAGAUCCAAGAGAUACAGUUGGUCGUGGUAUGGACGUUAGUAAAGGGUUCACAUUUACGGAAGUAAGCUCUGUUCGUGCAAGUGUCAGUAAAGUUGUCUGCUGCCACUUCUCAUCAGAUGGAAAGCUGCUUGUCAGCGGUGGCCAUGAUAAAAAGGCUGUUUUGUGGCAUACAGAUACCUUAAAGCCAAAAACUACACUUGAAGAGCAUUCAUCACUUAUAACUGAUGUUCGUUUUAGCCCAAGCAUGGCCCGCCUUGCAACAUCUUCUUUUGACAAGAGUGUAAGAGUUUGGGGUGCUGACAAUCCUGGCUACUCCCUUCGGAAUUUUACUGGGCAUUCUGCUGGUGUUAUGUCACUAGAUUUCCAUCCCAAUAAAGAAGACCUGAUCUGUUCCUGUGAUGGGGAUGGUGAGAUUAGGUACUGGAGCAUCAAUAAUGGUAGCUGCACAAGAGCGUUCAAGGGUGGCACGGCUCAGGUGAGAUUUCAGCCUCGCCUUGGCAGGUAUCUUGCAGCAGCUGCUGAGAAUGUUGUAUCAAUUCUUGACGUGGAAACACAAACAUGCAGACAGACGCUGAAGGGUCAUACGAAACCAAUUCAUUCUGUGUGCUGGGACCCUUCAGGCGAGCAUCUGGCUUCAGUGAGCGAGGAUUCAGUGAGAGUGUGGACACUGGGUUCAGGAAGCGAAGGGAAUUGUGUACACGAACUUAGUUCAAACGGCAAUAAAUUUCACUCAUGUGUUUUCCAUCCUUCCUACUCAUCAUUGCUAGUUAUUGGCUGUUACCAGUCUCUAGAGCUUUGGAACAUGACCGAAAACAAAACGAUGACGCUUCCUGCACAUGAAGGAUUGAUUGCGUCGUUGGCUGUAUCGACAGUGGCGGGUUUGGUUGCUUCAGCCAGUCAUGACAAGAUCAUUAAGCUUUGGAAGUAACGACAACGUCAUUGCUUCGAUUCAAUGCUGCAAACCUUGUUUUUCGCCCCCCUCCUCUUCCUGUUGUAUGUUCAACUAAAAUUCCUUUUGCAGAGGCUGAUUAGGCAGACAUAGGUUUUUAGUUUUUGGUGUUUAAUUGUGUAAGUUGAUUUCUUCUGUGGUAAGACUACUCCUGUCAAUUCUGGUGCAGUGGAUGUUUAUUAUCAUGGAAAAACUCAAAUAUUUGUUACAAAAAGUUUGAAGUAUUUCAGCUGUCUUCUUUCAU